AUUCAACUGCAUUCCGAGAACAUGGUAGCAGAGCAGCACACCGAGGGCACGGCGGCCGAGGCCAGCCUAGGGUCGAAAUCAUCGCCCUCGUCGCAAAGCCUCGCGGAGAAGACGUCACCCCAGGACAUCACUGACAUUCAGUCCCCCGUGGACACGGGCGCCGAUGUCGUCGAUGAGUACCCUCACGGCAUUCGACUCGUCCUUUUGGCCGGCGCGUCCAUCAUGGGCGUGUUCCUCAUCGCGCUGGACCAGACAAUUGUCGGUACCGCGAUCCCGGAAAUCACUGCCGAGUUUGAUGGUCUUAAAGACGUAUCCUGGUACUCCGCGGCCUACUUCAUGACAUUUGGCGGCCUCGAGGCAUCGUGGGGCAAGGCCUUUAAAUACUUUGAUAUAAAAUGGACUUUUAUUGCAUCUCUCACAAUAUUCGAGAUUGGCAGCCUCAUCUGCGGCGUCGCGCCGUCGUCUGUCGCCCUGAUCAUCGGGCGUGCCAUUGCUGGAAUCGGCGCCGCUGGCAUCUCCGUCGGUGGAACAAGCAUCGUCGCCUUCAGCGUCCCGCCCAAGACGCGACCGAUUCUCAUGGGGCUCAUCGGGCUGACGUACGGGCUGAGCUCCGUGCUUGGGCCGCUGAUUGGCGGUGCCUUUACGGAAAAUGCCACCUGGCGAUGGUGCUUCUACAUCAACCUUCCUGUCGGGGCUGUCGGCGCGGCCGUCGUUAUCAUCUUCUUUCACCUCCCGGCCGCGGUCAAGCCGCCGCCCAUCAGUUUCGGCCAGAAGCUGCUUCACCUGGAUCCCGUCGGGAUGUGUCUCACCAUGGCGGCCAUCAUAUGCUUCGUCUUGGGCUUGCAGUAUGGCGGAGUCGAAUAUCCUUGGAAGAGCAGCAAGGUGGUUGGCCUUUUAGUCGGCUUUGGGGUGCUUAUCAUUGCCCUGAUCCUCUGGUCCAUAUGGCUAGGCGAGUAUGCCAUGAUGACUCCGCGGCUUUUCAAGAAGCGUGGGCUCUGGAGCGUCUGCCCCUACCAGUUCUUCUUCCUCGGCGAUCUGCUCCUCCUCCUGUACUACCUCCCCAUCUACUUCCAGUCUGUCAAGGGCGCCAGCCCCAUCCAGUCCGGCGUCGACAAUCUGCCCAUCGUCCUCGCAGUUGCCAUCUUCGCUAUCCUGGGUGGUGUCUUUGUGACUACGACAGGCCUCCCGACACCGGCCAUGUUUGUCGGCGCGUUGCUCGGGACCGUUGGCUGCGGCCUCUUUUACACGCUCGAAAUUGACACCCCGAGUCCAAAGUGGAUAGGAUACCAGAUUCUCGCCGGAUCUGCCAUAGCAUUUUCCGUUCAGAACGGCCUCAACAUUGCCCAGGCCAGCGUCGACCCAGAGGAUCUGCCAGCCGUGACGGCUUGCCUUUACUUCUUCCAAACAGUCGGAGGAGCAUUCACAAUCUCCUCCGGACAAGCCGCCUUUGUGAACCAGAUCCUAGUAAAGCUCGCAUCAUCUGCGCCCGGGGUUCCCGGCCAGAAAGUCAUCAGCGCGGGGGCUUCAGAGCUACGCAAUGUCUUUUCUCCGGAGGAACUGCCCGGUGUAUUAGUGGCCUACAUGCACGGUCUAAAGGCGACGUUUGCCCUUUCCAUUGCCUUUUGCGGCAUUGCCCUGAUCUCUACGUUGUUUGUUCCUUGGAAGCGGCUUGCGACGCAUGCACCCGGUCCUGACGAUAAGGAGGAGGGUAAACAGAGGUAGAUGGUAUCCUUGGCAGCUUAACGAAUUGGCCGGUUACUCCUGCCACAAUACGGCCAGAGUCAACAUGGUGGUUCAGUGUGGUUUGUUGCAACUGCAAGAACAGUGGCUAUAAAGAUAUUUGCCGGAUCAGUGUGG